AUGACCAGCCAAGCCCCCCUAACCGCCUGGCUCCUCUCCGCCACCCCGCAAGCCCUGAGACGCGCAACAACGCACCCCUUCCUCGCCGCCGCAGGAAACGGCACCCUCUCCAAAGAAACCCUCUCCCAAUGGCUCUCCCAAGACCGCCUCUACGCCCAAUCCUACAUCCGCUUCAUCGGCAUGCUCCUCACAAAAAUCCGCCUCCCGGCAAACGCUCCCAGCCAUGAUACCCCGCAGAAUCCCAUAAUCGAACAAGCAGUCGUCGACGUCCUAAUCGACGCCCUAGUCAACAUCCGCACCGAACUAGCCUUCUUCGAAGCCACUGCCGUCGAAUACGGCCUCGACCUCACCGCAAUCCCACCCGACGAGGGCGGCCCCCAGUUCUCCCAGGAAGGUCUCCUGGCAACCUCGUCGGGUGUAUCGUCGACGGGAGGGAGCUCGUGCCCCGGGUUUACGGGGGCGAUUUGCGGCGCGACGAGCAUGUCUGUUUCCGGCGCGGAGUCCGGCGAGAUUGAUGAGGAUUCGACGAAUCCAAGAGAAAACCUGCAUAGUCUUUGUCAGUCGCAGGGCGAGUGUCAGAUGCAGGCUGGUAGUGAAGUGUGUAAUCCGCCCGCGACGCACGGCGCGGGAAACCCCACCGCUGCUGGAACGCCCGAUUGCGAACCCUGUCAGCCGUCGCGGUUGGCUAGUGCCGCGCCUGUUGAGCGGGGCCCUGUGUUCUUUACGGCGAAUCGGAUUACCCGUGCGUAUAUUGAUAUGUUUAUGUCUGCGGCGAGUCCUGGUGUGAGUGCAUUGGAGGGGAUGGCGGUGCUGUGGGCGACGGAGGUGUGUUAUUUGCGGGCGUGGAGGUAUGCGGCUUCUCAUGGGAGGAAGAAGGCGCAGGAGGGGAAGAGGGAUGUUGAUGCUGAUGGGGGUGCGUUGAGGGAGAAGUUCAUUCCGAAUUGGUCGAGUGAGGAGUUUGAAGGGUUUGUGAAUCGGAUUGGGGAUGUUUUGGAUCAGAUGGUCGGGAAGAUUAAGGGGGUUGAGGAGACGGAUUUGUUGAGGGCGAGAUGUUUGGAUUGGUGGAAGCAGGUCGUUUGGUUGGAGGAGAGAUUCUGGCCGGCAAUGGAUUGA